CCUUAAGUCCUUCAUCACUCUCGCUAGCUUCAGAACGAGAUGAAACUCCUUGUACUGGCUGCUCUGCUCACAGUGGGCGCCGCCGCAAAGGACGGCAUCAGCCCGCGGGCGGUGUGGCAGUUCCGCAAGCUGAUCAAGUGCGCGAUCCCUGGAAGCCACCCCUUGAAAGAGUACAACAACUAUGGCUGCUACUGUGGUCUGGGUGGAUCCGGCACCCCUGUGGAUGAGCUGGACGCGUGCUGCCAGAGACACGACAACUGCUACGACCAAGCCAAGAAGCUGGACAGCUGCACAUUCCUGCUGGACAACCCGUACACCAAAUCCUACUCCUACUCAUGUUCUGGCACAGAGAUCACCUGCAGCAGCAAAAACAAACCAUGUCAGGCCUUCAUCUGCAACUGUGACCGCACUGCUGCCAUCUGCUUUUCAAAGGCCUCAUACAACAAGAAGUACAAGAAUCUGGAUGAGAAGUACUGUGAAAACUAAGUAUUGCCCCUUUAAAGCAUCAUCCCUGUGACCUUCACCUUCCACUUCACCUUUAUAUUGCUCCAGUAAAGCACGCUGUUGAAAGGC